GAAAAUGAAGCCGAUAUGGAGGAUAAUUCCAAUGUCCCGAAGAUGUCGCUCCUAAAGCUUUUCUGGUUUGUCUUCUACAACUUCGGUCUUUUUGCAUGGGGAGGUCCAGUUGCACAGAUGGCCCUCAUCAAAGAACGACUGGUCAUUCAAGACAAAUGGAUAACACUCGCCAGAUUCCAGAGAGUCUUUGCUGUUUAUCAGAUCCUUCCAGGUCCGGAGGCUGCAGAACUCUGCAUGUUCUUCGGCUGCUUGUCUGCUGGUCGACUUGGAGGUGUCAUUGCGGGCAUUGCAUUCAUGUUACCUGGGUUCGUCUUGAUGUUACUUGCGAGUUAUCUAUACUCUCUCGCAGGCUUGGAGAACAAGUAUUUCAACGCCUCCUUCAGAGCUCUGCAACCGAUUGUUGCUGCAAUGAUUCUUAAAGCGACCCACAAGAUAGCAGACCACUCUGUCAUCAGUCACACCACAAAGAAAAUCGAUGCAUUCCUAAUCAUCGCUGCCAUCUGCACAGCAAUCAACGGUGCUUUGCACAUUAACAUUUUCAUUUCCCUGGGCUUCUACGGUAUGUGGUACAUGCUCAUCUUCCGACGUCUCUUCAUCCCAGCAGCAAUCCUCUUCAUCCUCCAAUACGUCGGUUUCGCAAUCUACGUUGUGUAUCGUGGAUUCCCCUCUCCCGUCUCCCUCGCUCUUGGAAUCGCACCAACCCCCACGCUCGCGAAUCUCCUCGUACUCGGUCUUGUGGCAGGGAGUCUCUCAUUCGGGGGCGCAUAUACUGCUAUCCCCUUCAUUCAAGUCGAAGCUGUCCUCAAGGGUCGCUGGCUAUCUCAAAAUGUGUUCAUCGAUUGCAUUGCUAUCGGAAACGUCUUACCGGCCCCGCUGGUGAUCUUUGCGACAUUUGUCGGAUUUCAAGGAGGAUUGGUUUGUAGUGGGCUUGGGAACGCAUUUGCUGGCGCAGUGGUCAUCACCCUGGGGAUGUGGUUUCCGUGCUUCUUGUUCACAGUUAUGGGUCAUUCAUUAUUGGGAAAGCUGGUGAGGAAUAAACUUCUUGCAAGCUUCUUUGACGGACUCUGCGGGGCUGUGGUGGGUGUCAUCGCCAUCAUUGCGGCUCAGAUUCUCAAGAGUAGUGUUGAGGGUUCACCUAGAAACGAUGAACUUGGUGGCUUGAAUAGUGCUGCUCGUAGCAGAAUUUCACACACUGGGUCAGCGGCGGUGAUUUAUGUUGUAUCGUUGGGCGUGCUGUACAAGUUCACCAACAAGUACACCCCGCUCUUGUUGCUGGUUUCUGGAGCGGUCGCGGGGCAGAUUAUCUUUGUGUGAUGUGCUUGGUUGAGGCCGAGGUAGGGGUGGGAAAUAUGAGCUUGAUGUGAUGAGAUAAAUGGAUGGAGGUUAUUAUUGGAAGUUCCAUGAGAUAGGAAGCUGUGCCUUGCCAAGAUAUCGG